AUGAAAGCCAAACUUGACCUACACCACAGAAAGGCGGAAAAGGAUAGACUAGAAAUGGAAAAAGACGUUUCCGGGCAUUCCUAUUUGGCAUGUGAUAGGGACUUUGCGCAGAUUGAGCGUCGUAAAAGAGUCACAAAAAACUACGUACCGGAUCAUCUUGAAAAAAUGAUUAGGAGUGCACAACAUAAAAAUCCAUUCAAUGUCAUUCGUAUGAAUAGAGAAGAUUUUAAAAAUCUUCAAGAGAUUUCCGAUAGCUUUUUAAACACGACCAAACUGAAUAUAUCCAAAGCUUGUUGGAUAGAAGUUUCUAAGAAAAAUCCAACUUUAGUCAGAACAAAAACAACGUUUAACGAAAUGGAAGAAUGGACCUCUUGUAACGUUUUAAAACGAGGCAAAACUUUGAGUGACCUUAAAACAACACCGUUGCCACAGUUAGAUUGCAAAAACCCCAUAUCUCAGGAAAAGGCCAAAAAUUUAGAAGACAUGUUAGAUUACAUACCACUUGCAUAUAUCUCAUUUUAUACCGGUAUCAUCGAAAAAACCAAGCAAAACAAUCCAGAGUAA